CGCCGACACCUGCAUCCUGUACGACAGCGACUGGAACCCGCAGUGGGACCUGCAGGCCAUGGCGCGUGUGCACCGCAUCGGGCAGACGCGCCCCGUGCACGUGUACCGGCUGGUGAGUGAGGGCAGCGUGGAGGAGCGCAUGCAGCGCCGAGCGGAGGCGAAGCUGUACCUGGACCAGAUGGUGAACCGCGGCAGCACCGGCACCUCCCAGCAGCUGGAGGGGCUGCAUGCGGGCGAGGUGCUGGCCAUGCUGCGCUUCGGAGCGGACCGCAUCUUCCGAAACGAGGCGGGCGACAUGCCCAGCGAGGAGCAGCUGGAGGCAAUCAUGGACAGGUCUCGCAUGCAGGGUGGGGUGUCGGCCGCUGCGGCUGCCGCUCCGCCGGCCGCAGCAGCAGUCCUGAAGACGGAGCCCUCCGGCGAAGCAGCGGCAGCGCUGGGAGCAGCAGCAGGCGGAGGUGGAGCAGGUUCCUCGGUAGCAGGAAGAGGAGCAGGAGGCGGAGGAGCAGAGGGCGACAUGGGC